GAAGGUGCGCCGGAAGGGAGCUACUGCGUCUGGACGCCAAAAAUUAUUUCCCCGUCGUCGGUUACCGGAGCGUCGCCUUCUCCCGGUAGAUGCGAGAAGAGCAAUUCCACCGGAUCUUCGGCCUCGACCACGAAGCGGCGGUGGAGGCUACGAGAUUUGCUGCGUAGAUCCAGCAGCGACGGGAAGGUGUGCUACUUGAUGGUCCAGCCAAACACUGCUGGCGCCAGCAGUAGCGGCAGUAAUAAUAGCAACAGCAGCAAUAAUGAAAUUAAUUUGGGGAAAGGGACGGCGAAACCGUCGCCGGCAAGAGCUGCGAAAAUGGCGGCGUCGGCACACGAGGUGUUUUAUACGAAGAGCAGAGCGUUGAAAGAUGGGGAUUGGCGGCGGUCGUAUCUGCCCUACCGUCAGGAGCUUCUCGUCGGAUUCUUCUCUAAUGUGAACGGUUUACGUUGA